AUGAAAACAUCAAAUGUUCUCGUUCUCAUCUUAGUCCUGCUUCACAUCAAUGCCAGCACAGAAUGGCCUACGCACACAGUCUGCAAAGAGGACAACUUGGAAAUACAUUACAAAAGCUGUGAUCCCCAGCAAGAUUUUGCUUUCAGCAUUGACCGUUGUUCUGAUGUCACAACCCACACCUUUAACAUCAGAGCUGCAAUGGUCCUAAGACAGAGCAUCAAGGAACUGUAUGUCAAGCUUGAUCUGAUCAUAAAUGGGAAGACUGUCUUAAGCUACUCAGAUACGCUUUGUGAGCCGGGUCAUUCUAAGCUUAUUUUCUGCGGAAAGAAGAAAGGAGAACACCUCUACUAUGAGGGACCAGUCACACUGGGAAUCAAAGAAAUCCCACAGGUAAGUUGGUCACAGCUGUGCUCCCAAGCAGAAGGGCUUUCUGG